GGUCGCUAACCGCUUCAGAUCCGACAACCGCUUUUUGAAACCUUGAUAUAUACCACAUGCACAUGACAAUUUUAUAGUGUUGGAUGAGUUUUAUAGUGUUGGUAUGGGUUCGUUCAAGAAAAUAAAUUCGGCCGAGGCCGAAAAAUAACAAAAAAUAUCCUACACUUAAAUACAUAUAAUACGUGUAAACUCGAAAUUUACUUCUUUUUUUUCCCAUAAGCAAUACAUGGCACUAUUUGUUUACCAAGUCUUCGUGUUGGAAAGUAAACGAAAGUACCGGCUCAUUUAGGAUGUUUAUAGACAAAAACAUGCUUCUAAGAGUUGUUCCAAUGCAAGCUUUGAAUAGUAUUUCCUUUCUCCUAUAGUAUUUGUCACUUCAUAGAAUUUUUGUAUCCCAAAUUAUUUGUUACUUCUGAAUUUCAAGACACUAUUAAUUGCAUUUUAUUUUCUUCAAUUUUCCUCAUUAUCACUCUUAACUAGUUAGUUGAAAAAUAAUUAAUGACAAUGAUAUUUUACUAUUUACUAUAUUAUUUUGAUAUAAUUUAUGCAUAGUUUCUUAAUAUGUGCGGAACUAAAAAAAAUGACAUAUAAUAUGGAACGGGGAAGCAUAUAUAUAAACUUGAGAUUCUACUCAUCUCAACAAAGCCCACCGCAAUUACAUACUAGAUACUCUAUAAAUGUGCAUAUAGAUAUUCAAUUAAAUCUUGAUCAUUUUCUCAUUGGUUAUGCAGACAUAUUUUCCAAGAGAAUUUAAAGUGUGGCUAACAAUGAAAGAAAUGAGGAUACCCUUUAUGUUGCGAGUCAUUGCAUCACUAUAUGUCACCACAAGUACUCUAGCGCUAGCAAUAUCUAAUAUGUCGAUGCCUGGUUGUCGAUCAGAGUGUGGAAACAUUACAAUUCCAUAUCCUUUCGGCAUUGGCUCUUCAUGCAGUUUCAAUUCAUCCUUCGAAAUCACGUGCACCAAAAACUCCACCACCAACAGAUCAGAAGAAGUACCACUCUUGAACAUCAUAAGUAUGGAAGCACUCAAAUUUUCUGUGCACGGUACCGUCACAGUAAAGAACCCUGUUGCACCUAUGAAAUGCUCCGAUACGCAAGAAACACAGUCUUUGGUAAGGUCGCUUGAUAAAACUCCAUUUUCCGUCUCUAGCCUGUACAACUCAUUGGUUGUUUUGGGAUGUCAGAAUUCGGUCUGGCUACGUGCUAACGCGACAGCCACAGUCGGCGGGUGCAUGGCAAUUUGUGACCGUAAUUCAACAGACAGUAGUUGCAAUGGUGUCAACUGUUGCCAGACAACAAUCCCACCUCGACUCAAGGGCCUUAAUUAUACUUACCGAGGCAUUAAUCAAGUUGGUACUAAUCAGAGCUCGUGUGGUUAUGCUUUUCCAGUCGAAAAAAAAUGGUUCCAAGAUGGAUACAAAAGGUACAAGGGCCUUCAGAAUAAUCUAUUAAAUCCGUAUGAUCAAGAUUUUGGAUCUGCACCGCUAGUGCUUGAGUGGGAACUGCAUAAUUUCACACUUUAUGAUUAUCCUGGAUCCUGCAGAUAUCUGAGCAGAAGCAUAUCUUAUCCAUCAUCAAAUCAUAUUGAUUAUGAUUUAGAAUUAUUUGAUGGUUAUGGAUCUUCAGUCCAAUAUUGCUCAUGCGCAUAUGGGUACGAAGGGAACCCAUAUCUACUUGGCGGAUGCAAUGAUAUAGAUGAAUGUAGAAUUAAUUCUACACAAUUAAUUAGUUGCAUAAGUUAUAAUGGGACUUGUAUCAACAAAAUAGGUGGGUACACAUGCCGCGUUGGGGAUUAUGACGGGAGUACUAAUAGAUCUCGAGUCAAAAUAGCAUUCAUCAGUGUUGGCAGCGCGAUCGGAUCACUAAUUUUGCUCAUAGGGGCAUGGAAGUCCGCCACAGUCGUGCGAAAAAGAAUCAAGGCUAAUCGUAAACGCAAGUUUUUCAAGCGAAAAGGACGUUUGUUAUUGCAACAACAGUUGUCUUUAGCGGAGAACGGCCUAGAGAAGACCAAGUUGUUCUGUUCCAAGGAAUUGGCACAAGCAACUGAUCGUUACAAUGAAAAUCGUGUAUUGGGUCGUGGUGGUCAAGGUACCGUCUACAAAGGAAUGUUGACUGAUGGAAGAAUUGUGGCUGUCAAAAAGUCCAUGAAGUUAGAAGAAGGUGAUCUCGAAGUGUUCAUCAACGAAGUUGUUAUUCUAUCACAGAUAAACCAUAGGAAUGUCGUCAAACUAUUGGGGUGUUGUUUGGAGACCGAAGUUCCACUUUUAGUCUACGAGUUCAUACCCAACGGCACACUCUUCCAACACGUCCACGAUCCAAACGAGGAGUUCCCUUUAUCUUGGGAAAUGCGAGUGCGUAUUGCAAGAGAAGUAGCGGGGGCGCUCUCGUACUUGCACUCUUCUGCUUCUACACCUAUUUAUCACAGGGAUAUCAAGUCGACGAAUAUAUUAUUGGAUGAUAAGUAUCGUGUCAAAGUUGCUGAUUUCGGGACAUCAAGAUCGAUCGGUAUCGAUCAGACACACUUGACAACACGAGUACUAGGAACAUUCGGUUACUUGGAUCCAGAGUACUUCCAAUCGAGCCAGUUUACGGACAAGAGCGAUGUCUAUAGCUUCGGUGUUGUUGUGGUGGAGCUUUUGACAGGGGAGAAAGCUAUAUCGUCGAUUAGGGCAGAUGUGGGAAAAAGUUUGGCGACACAUUUCCUGCACUCGAUGGAGGAGAAUCGCUUAUUCGACAUACUUGAUGCGAGGGUGCUGAAAGAGGGGAAGAGAGAGGAGAUUGUGGCUAUUGCAGAGAUUGCUAAGAGAUGUCUGAAUUUGAACGGAAAGAGAAGGCCGACUAUGAAGGAAGUUGCUGUGGAGUUGGAAGGAAUUCAAAUGAUGAAAGAAGAUUCAACAGUUUAUAACAUGCAAAAUGAAGAAGGCAACAUAGAGUACGUACCUUCAAUUCGUGAUCAGGAUGCCGAGUCUUGUGAUUUUUCGUCAAUCUCAACGAGCAUGCAUUUGGAUGAUUCGGUAACUGCAUAUUUACCAGAUGAUGAUCGUCCAUUGCUUGACGAGCCCUGAAGAAUAAAUUAGUUAUCUCUCAUCUUUUAUCCAUUAUAGGGUUCUAGUUUGUAACGUGCAACUUAAUUAUUUUUCACUAUCGUCAAACUAUCUGUUUUGUUAUAAUUUUAUUAUGUACGGGGUUGAUCAUUACCCCAAAAUUUCUAAAUUUCUCUCAAAAAUGUCGUUGUUCUCAUAUUCCUUUGUAUUUUUAAUGUUUAUAUGUUGUAGUAUUCUAAUAUUU